AUGGCCACAGACGUCCAAUAUCAAAGUCCUUCGGCGGCUCAGGCGUUCCCCACGCCGUCGACAACGCCGCACCGGGUGCCCUCCAUACAUGUCCGCAGCGACUCAUCGCCGAUCCGCUCCGCAUCACCUCUUGCCCCUCACAACUCUUCACCCGAAGGACCGAGUGAUCUGGAUGACGUUGGAGAUGAAGAUACUCUGUCACCGUUUGACCCGCGCAGAUUCACACCCACCCUACAUGCCUCCUUAGUGUCGGAGAUUCUUUCUCUGCGGCGGGAGGUGGAGAAUAAAUCCAAGGCGAUUGACGUGCUGGAAAGAAGCUUGGACGAGUCCCGAACUGAGAACGAGGGUCUAACUGACCGCCUGUCACGAAGCACGAAAGAAACACGGUCUCUGAAACAUCAAUUGCAGCUCCUGGAGGGUGGUACCUCCUCUGCCUUGACUGAGCUGGCAAAAGAGCGAGACGAAGCUCUGGAGAAUAUCUCGGAUGUACGAAGGAAGCUGGAACAAGCGCAAAAGAAGGCCCGCAGUCGAGAAGAGGAGCUCGAGCGAACCCAAGGUCUCUUAGACCGCGAAAGAGAGUCCUGGGAAGGAGAGCGUAGAAACCUCGAGCGCAAGGUCCAUGUGGUGGAGGGCCGGCUGAAAGUUGUCUUGAAUGAGGUUGCCGCGGCGCAAGCAGCAGCUUCCGUGCCCCCUGUAUCGGCAAAGCCAGAUACCCCAGAGCCAGUCAGACCAUCCACCAACAAGAGAGGGAGCGAUUCGGCCAGUGUGCAUUCCAGCAGCCAAGGACGACGUCGGACGAGCGUCACCAGUGUGAGCUCCGAGGAUGACGCUGACUUUCAUAAUGUGCGCUAUUCUGCUGCCAGCCUUGCGAAUGCCCGAGACAGCAAGCCCAACGCAGUGAGUCUGGCGCAAGAACUGGCAUUCGACGAGGAGGAAGAGUUCGGCAAUGAGCAUGACGACUCAAUCCUGGAUUCGCCCGAGGCGCUACCAGAAGAACGGCCGACUUCGGUCCACUCCCAUGCGUCCCUGUCGAUGAGCCUGAAGGCUCGAAAGAUCCUUGGUCUCUCCAUUGGCAGCAGCAUAGACGGUCAUGCAGUGUUUGACAGAGGUCUAAACAGCCCUGCCAAGGUUUCCUCGCCCACAUUCGAAUACCGAGACACUGGUAUCCAGUACUCGCCGCCGCCGUCUCCUCAAUUACCUCCUGAAAGUCCACUUGAGCAUAAUUCGCAGGCAUUGCCACUCUCUUACCAGGCAAAAGACAGCGGUACUUCGACCUUGACUAUCGACAUGAAAUCGACAUCUUGCCAGACGGUCGGCGACCUGCCCAGUCCUCCGUGGACACCACAGAUUGCCGAAACACCAAUGACUGCAGGCCCACAACCGGCUGCAACAGCCUCAACAUCGACGCAGACCGAUCUCGUUCCAGCCUGUGCGGCAGACGAACAGGAUGCGGUUGCAAGUCCUACAAAAUCAGUUCCUACGGCGAUUGAAGUUCCCAUGAUCGCCAUCCAUCCACCGCGUUCCGAGCCUUCUUCGCCUCGAGGAAGCGUGGUUCUGCCACCUCAGACGAAAACCGUCUCCUGUCAAACAACCUUCAAGACCGUCGUCGACAGUCGAUCGGUUGCCAUUCAGACCGAAGAGAUUCGUAUUGACAAGCGACCGGUCAAGUUGCCAGCUAGCUUGCUUCCCUCUGCCAUCCCUGACAUGCCGCUUAAUGUGUUGCGCGCUCAGGGCAGUUCAGAUUCGCCCAUCCAGCCGUAUCGACCCCCGUCACGAAGGCUGGAGCGGGGAGAAACCAAACCACCUCCACUGCCUGCCAAGGCUCCGUCGAGAAGCAAACCGCCCGCCACGGUGCAGGCAUAUCCUGGGAACAACGACAACGGGCCGUUAUCGGAGGAUUCUAAAUCUGACUUGAGGCGGCCCUUUAGAUCAAGCAGUCUUUUUGCCGGUUUCGAGGAUGAAAAUGGCGAGGACUCGCGGGAGACAACGCGAGAUAUCUUCACAGAUGACGAACUACUCAAUCGGCCGUUUGCUUCAUACAAACUGAAAAGGGGAAAGCUGAUCUCGGCGCAGGAAAGGUCGAGUCUGGACGAUACCAUACUGGCAGAAGUUGAUGAGCACCUCCUCGAUGCUGAUUCUCAAGUCCAUGAGGAUCUGGAGCUGUCUGAAUCGUCGGCGCAUGGGCAGAGGCGAGGUGUGACAGGUCCAGGGAACGAGCGGGAUGGCCGGACGGCCACAAGGGUCCCUAACGCCGCAGCAGGGCAUCGGCGAAGAGCACGCAGCCCAAGCGAACCGAGUAUUGACAGUGGCAGCGGGGCAUCGAGCGUUGCUCCUCCGUUCCCUGUUCCAAUUCGCCUCAGUUCAAGAAAAUUCCCCGGCAACGGGAGCGAUGGACGGCAGAGCCCAACUCCCUCCAACCCACGCAACUUCUCUGAUCGCGGACGAGCGCCCAUUGUGCGGAGACCGACACUGCGUCGCGUACGUUCAGCAGCGGCCAUGUCUCAAUCGGAGCAUCCAGAGCGGCCUCCGAGCCAAUCGUCUCCGUCCUCCUAUGGGCUGGAAAGUCCUCAGUAUCCGCCGCUGCCAUUUGAUGACAUUACGGCGCCUCGGGACAGGAUGGCUGUCGAAAGACGGUCGAUGCAGCGUCCCUCUGUCCCUCGACCCUUUGCCCAUGAACGGCAAGACUCGAACGCAACGACCUCAGUGCAGCCAACCAGCGUGGUCGACGCCAUCGCGCAGACAAUGAUCGGAGAAUGGAUGUACAAGUACGUUCGGCGGAGGAGAUCUUUCGGCGGCGUCGGUGAGCCCAAAGACAGUUGGGAGGGCAAAAACGCCGACGAGGUGUCGGCCAAUAUUACCAACAGCGGAGUGCGUCACAGGCGAUGGGUUUGGCUCGCGCCAUACGAGCGAGCGGUCAUGUGGAGCAGCAGGCAGCCCACUAGUGGUCCUGCGCUGCUAGGUAAAAGUGGCCGCAAGCUGAUCAUCCAAUCCGUUCUCGACGUCAAGGACGAUAACCCCCUGCCCAAAGGAGCGACCGUUGCAAACCCGUUCAACCGAUCGAUCCUGAUCUUGACCCCCAAGCGCGCCCUAAAAUUCACCGCCAUCAGCAUCGAACGGCAUUACGUCUGGUUGACUGCACUCUCGUUCCUGAGUCAUUCGGCAACGGGCAUUCAAGACCUCGCCGCUCUGCCUCCCGUCCCGCAGGCCGAGUUUGAGUCGCCGGCGCCCACCGCGAGUCUCCGCCGGAACCCAAUUCGCGACUCGAUCCGCAUCGCCAAAGGGCGCCCGCGACCCAACAUCAAGGGUAAACGCAACAUAGCGCCCGCCCCCCGGUGCCCGAGCUACCCGCCAAUGCGCAGCAACACCACGUCCCGGAUGCCCGUAAUGCGCAGCUUUUCCAGUCAGGGGACCAUACCGUCGAUCCAGUCCAUACAUAGCAUGGCCACGCGCGGGGGCUCCCCCACCUCGCACGGGCACGGCCUCAACAGCGGCCGCAGCAGCCUCAGCCGACGCACGUCGGAGGCGAGCGGGCCGUCCAGUAUCGGGACGGGUAACUUCUUCGACGCCAUUGGCACCGUUCGCAUGGAGGCGUUUAUCGACCAGACGGCGUCUGGUCGGUAUCGCCUGGGGACGCGGUCGCGGCACGCACGCAAGCCGUCGAGCCUGUGGGGAUCAAACAGUCAGCGGUUCUACGGGGAGUUUGCCAUGCCUGCGGACAGCGAGCCCGAUCCGUUUAGAGGAUUCUAG